AAAUUUCAGCACAGCGUAGCUUGCCCGCUCUAUAUAAAUUUCUUUCUUUCUUUCCUCUUCUUCCAAGAAUCGAGUCUUCGAAACAGAGACGAAGAAGAAAGAGUUAGCUUGCAAGAAAUGGGAGAUUGCAGACCAUUGGGGUUCUUGCUGGGCCUGCCAUUUGCUUUGGUUGCUCUGCUUUUGUCUCUUGUUGGUGCUGUUCUCUGGAUCAUUGGGACUAUAUUCAGUUGCUUGUGCCCAUGUUGUGUAUGUUGUGCUGGUCUGGUGAAUUUUGCACUGGAACUCAUAAAGCUGCCUUUCAAAAUACUUAAAUGGUUCACUGAUCAUAUCCCUUGUUGAUAUCCAAGAAAUUCAUGAUAAUACUCAUUUGCUUCUUUUCUUUCUUUUUUUUUUUUUUUUUCUGGGUUUAUGAAUUUAUCAACUCUGUAAUUUUUUUUUAUUAUUAUUCUCAGUGCAUUAGUUUUUCUUAUUGAUUAUAUUACUUUUUAGGAUUGUGGGGUGUUGGAUUUUGACUCUUAUUUGUAUUGGAUUUGUUUGUUAUUGAAGAAUUUGCUUUAUCCAUAAAAUUAUUUUUUUAUUGUCUCAA